AUGGCCAAGUUGGAGAUUCAAAUUCAGACAAGGAAAAUGGCAAGGCCCUCAACUCCUACCCCAGACCACCUUCGGUUCCUCAAUCUUUCAUUGUUUGAUCAGCUGGCUCGUCAUAUCUAUGUACCAGUACUAUUACACUACUUGCCGAGCAGUGAAUGGAACAGCGCAGAAAACACUGAAACAUAUGAUAAGCUGCAAAAAUCAUUGGCUGAAACCUUAGCCAAGUUUUACCCUCUAGCAGGAAGAUUUAGAAAAGAUGACCUCUCAAUUCACUGCAAUGACGAAGGUGUUGACUAUGUCGAAACCAAAGUCAAUGCGGAUCUUGCUGAGUUUCUCCAACAAGGACCCAAGAAUAUUGAGCUUUUGGAUGAUCUUCUUCCAAAAACAGAUCUUCCAUCAAGCCCAUUACUUGGAAUCCAAGUAAACAUAUUCAAUUGUGGAGGCCUAUUCAUUGGAAUACAAAUUUCUCACAUCGUAGCAGAUGCUUUCACGUUAGCAACAUUUGUCAAGGAAUGGGCACACAUUAGCCAAACAGGAACGACAAAACGCUUACCUCAGCCUUCACCACCUUCCGACAGAGGCGCUAAGAUUGUCAGGGGAAGGUUUGUGUUUAAUGCUUUGGCAAUAGCAAAGCUGAAAGAGAGAAUCAAUUCGACUGCUACCUUAAAGAAAACUACUCGAGUGGUGGUUGUUAUGUCGUUAAUAUGGAAUGUUCUAGUGGGCAUUUCCUCAGCCAAACAUGGACAUUCAAGGGACUCUACUUUGUUCUUUCCCAUAAAUUUGAGAGGAAAAUCAAAUUUAACAUCUACAGAACAUGUUCUAGGGAAUUUCUUGAUGUCUGGAAUUGCUAUUCUCGAGGCAAACAAAUCAAGAAUGGAGCUGAAUGACUUUGUUAACUUGGUUGGAAAUGCAUCAAGGGACACAUCUGUAGGCAUUGGUAAGGCAAGCAUCGAUGAUAUUACCUCUAUGGUUGUUAAAAAUAACACAGAAUUUUUAAACAAAUUUGGUCAGAAAGACAAGAUGGACAUUUAUGCUAUCACUAGUUGGUGCAGAUUCCCCUGGUAUGAAGCGGACUUUGGUUGGGGAAAGCCGUUCUGGGUGAGUUCUGUGGGCAGAUCUAUGGAAGUAAUUAGUCUGUUUGACACGAAAAAUGGUGAUGGCAUAGAAGCAUGGUUAGGUUUGAAUGAGAAUGACAUGGCUGAAUUCGAGAGAGACCCUGACAUUUUGACAUAUUGUCCUCGUCAAAAGCAUCAGUUGAUUACUCAAAUUCGAUAAAAUGAAAUUACAUUUUGUCCCGUUAGCAAUUGUUUAUGGUUUGUAA